AGAUACACAAAGCCCGUCAAAUAAAACACACGUUAAAUAAAAAAAAAAAAAAAAUCGUUUCUUAAGAGACGGGGUACACAAAAAAUAGAUUAAAAUGGAUGAGGGCAAGGAUAGGAUAGAAACGGAUUCUUCGUCCGAUCUGUUUAACAUACAGUUCCCGCUGCCGCAGCACCUCGAUCCGUCCCAGUGCCGUGAUGAGUUCCUUGCCAUGAUCAUCGAGGAGCACGAGCGCCGGGUGAGUUCGCUGAAGCGAUCGACAGCUCGGUUCACGGCGGCCAGCUUGUAUCCCAUGGAUACGGAGUAUCGGUUGAGCGAAAAGGGGGCAGAGGCCAUGGUGGUGCGGCAGUUGGCCACUCAACGCCAGAGGAGAAUCGGUAAAAAGACCGUGGAGGAGGUCAUGGAGAGCAUCAAGAUGAGGUCGAACAUGAUGGCCGAACUGAAUAUCCAAUGCCAGAAGGCGGCUAUCGAGUUCCUAUCGGUGCGUCUGCUCAAGCAACUCCGCCUCUUUUCGAGUCCCUGGCCGGGAAAACUGGACGACAUGCCCUACAACCUGUUCAGCUGGUCGUUGGAACACUUCUUGCUGCGACUGGACCACAACCAGAUGUACCUAGAUGUGAUCAAUCGGGAGCGGAGCAGCGAAGAUCUCGACUGUCUAAAGUUCCGAGCUGAUCUGAAUGAGAUCGAACAGAUUAUAUACGACAUCCGAGAGGACUUUCAAAGGAACGAAGACCUCUGCGAAAGCAGCAUAAAGCUUAUUCGUGAUUGCAAGUACAAUACGAAUGGUGCAUGGAUUAAGGACCUUCAAGUCAAUAGCCUGUUAAAGGAAAAUCUAAGCCGCGAUAGCCCAAAAGAUGAUUCUACCCAUGUCCAUUUACAUAAACGUCAAUCCAUGAUCAUGGGUCGUUUCGAAGAUGUUAGUGCUCUUGAUCCCAUAGAGGUGCGUUACCAGAUCAACUGGGUAAACAGCUGUAUGGACCAGCGACUAAUACUUCUAAAAGACCGUGAGGAUAAGCUGCAGGAGGAGCUGAAGGAUUGGGAGACCAAGCUGAGCCAGGACCAACUGGUGCAACAUAACUCGGAGGUAGUAUACGCCUGGGAGGUGGACAAACUCAAAAUGAGUUGCAAGGAGUGGCAGGUCAAGCUGGAUACCGAUCUGGAAAACAUCGAGGUUUUGUGCACCAUAAGCAGGCUUGCUCUGCAGAAGGUCAAGGACGAUCACAAGUUCUUAUUGGAGCAGGAGGAAAUGUUCCGGCGAAGAAUAGCCGAGGAAACGGAGCUCAUGGCCACGGAGGAGAAAAUUCGGCAACAAAAACAGGUGAAAUCGUCGGACGUGAAAGCGGCAGUAGAGGCCAUAGAGGCGGUCUUUAAGCCAAGUGAACCCAAUAAGAAGGCAGCGAAAUUCUAAAGCUCAUCAAUAUUCGACAAAAUGUAUUUAUGUUGGCAACCCAAACAAAAUAAUCAAAAUCCCACAA